AUGGGCAAGCAAGAAGAUACAACACUCGACCAGCACGUGUCAGGCCAGGCUAACGGCAAUGGCCUCUCGAAGCCUGCCCACGCACUCACGUUCACUCAAGUCACAGAUGACAUCAAGGCUAACGCCGAGAACGGUCUCUCAUCAACAGAAGCCAAAGAACGACACGGCAAGUAUGGAAGCAACGAACUUGGCGACGCCGGUGGUGUUGAACCUGGAAAGAUUCUUAUUCGUCAGAUUGCAAAUGCGAUGACGCUGGUGCUCAUCAUGGCCAUGGUCGUUAGUUUUGCCAUCAAGUCAUGGAUCGAAGGCGGCGUUGUUGCAGCAGUCAUUGGACUGAACAUCGUCAUCGGAUUCAUGCAGGAGUUCAAGGCCGAAAAGACCAUGGACUCACUCAAAUCACUUAGUUCUCCCACCGCCAACGCCGUUCGCGAUGGAAAGACCGUCAACAUCCCCACAGUCGAGAUUGUCCCUGGCGAUAUGGUUGAGAUCAAGACUGGCGACACAGUACCCGCGGACGUCAGACUCAUCGAAGCAGUCAACUUCGAGACCGACGAAGCCCUGCUGACUGGAGAAUCCUUGCCCGUAAGAAAAGACGCCGAAGCCAUAUUCAAUGCGGACACUGGACCCGGUGACCGUCUCAACGUCGCCUACUCUUCCUCGGUUGUUACCAAAGGUCGCGCUCGUGGCAUUGUUUACGCUACUGGCAUGUACACCGAGAUCGGAUCGAUCGCCGCAGCACUUCGCAAGAAAGACUCGAAAGUCAGACCCGUCAAGCGCAAGCCCGAUGGCUCCGCUAAGCCUCAUAGAUACGCUCAAGCGUGGACCUUGACCUUCUCGGAUGCCGUCGGUCGCUUCCUCGGUAUCAACGUUGGAACGCCUCUUCAGAAGCAGCUCUCGAGGCUCGCAGUACUGCUCUUCUUCGUUGCUGUCAUCUGCGCUAUCAUCGUCGAAGCCGCCAACAACUUUAGCAGCCAACAAGAAGUCAUCAUCUAUGCCGUUGCCACUGGUCUCAGUAUGAUCCCCGCAUCCCUCGUGGUUAUCCUGACUAUCUGCAUGGCUGCUGGUACCCGAAGAAUGGUUGAGCGUCAUGUCAUCGUCAGAAAUCUGCGCUCACUCGAGGCCCUCGGCGGCGUUACUGAUAUUUGCUCCGACAAGACUGGCACAUUGACUCAGGGCAAGAUGAUGGCCAAGAAGGCUUGGAUCCCUGCCAAAGGCACAUACUCGAUCGGAGAGACCGAUGAGACCUCUAACCCUACCGUCGGCGACCUCCAAUUCAGUCCUGAAGAACCAAGAAACAUCAAAGCCGGAGAAGAGAAGCACGACGUUGUUGCUUAUGAUGACGAACUCAAGGACAAUGAACAUCUGGCACACUUCCUCAGAGUAGCUGCUUUGGACAACCUGGCCAUUGUCCAGAAAGACGAGGACGACAAAUGGACGGCUCGAGGAGACCCUACUGAGAUUGCUAUUCAGGUCUUUGCAGCUCGCUUUGGCUGGAACAGAUCGACUUUCAUUUCUGGCAACAGCCCCAUGUGGAAGGAGAUUGCCGAGUUCCCUUUCGAUUCUGACGUCAAAAAGAUGUCUGUUAUUUUCGAGGAAGCUGCUACCGGCAANAAGCAGGUAUUCACAAAGGGUGCCGUUGAACGCGUCAUCGGUUCAUGCAUCAACCUCUACCAAGACGACUCUGGCAAAGCAGUCGAGAUGACCGAGGCUAUCCAAGAGGAGAUCUUGCAGAAUAUGGAAGCUAUCGCCUCCCUUGGCUUGAGAUGUCUGGCACUGGCCAGCAAGGACUUUGAAGGUGAAAUCAACAAAGAUGAGGAGGUCGACCGCAACUCUAUCGAGAAUGGUCUGACCUUCCGAGGUCUUGUUGGCCUUUAUGACCCUCCUCGCCCUGAAUCUGCCUCUUCAGUCCGCCAGGCUCACGAGGCUGGUAUCAUUGUUCAUAUGUUGACCGGUGACCACAAGGGUACUGCGCAAGCAAUUGCUGCUGAUGUCGGUAUCCUGCCUACUCAUAUGAAAGAUCUGUCGAAAGAGGUCCUAGACGCUAUAGUCAUGGAGGCUAGCGGUUUCGACAAGCUCAGUGACGACGAAAUCGACGCUCUCCCUGUUCUUCCACUAGUCAUUGCUCGCUGCGCACCCAACACCAAGGUCCGCAUGAUCGAGGCUCUACACAGACGUAAGGCUUUUGCUGCCAUGACCGGUGACGGUGUCAACGACUCACCUUCCCUGAAACGUGCCGACGUCGGUAUCGCUAUGGGACAAUCCGGCUCUGACGUUGCAAAAGACGCCUCCGAUAUUGUCUUGACAGACGACAAUUUCGCCAGUAUCCUCAACGCCGUUGAGGAAGGUCGCCGCAUGUUCGACAACAUCCAAAAGUUCAUCCUCCAUCUUCUCUCCCAGAACAUUGCUCAGGCUUGUAUCUUACUCAUUGGCCUUGUCUUCAAAGACCUUGACGACCUCUCGGUCUUCCCCAUCUCGCCUGUCGAGAUUAUGUGGAUCAUCAUGAUUACCAGUUCCUUCCCUGACAUGGGUCUGAGUUUCGAGGAAGCCGUGCCUGAUGUCAUGCGCCGUCCUCCUCAAAGUCUCAAGCGCGGUGUCUUCACCUUUGAGGUUCUCAUCGACAUGCUUGUCUAUGGCCUCUGGGUUGCAGCGCUUUGUUUGUGCUCUUUCUGCCUUGUUCUUUAUGGAUUCGAGGAUGGCAACAUUGGCCGUAUCCCUGCUACUGGCUGCAACGCCUCUUGGUCUCCCGAGUGCGAUGUUGUCUUCCGUGCCCGUUCGACCUGCUUUGCUACACUGACCUGGUUCUCGCUGUUCCUCGCUUGGGAAAUGAUUGACCCUCGUCGCAGCUUCUUCCGCAUGAAGCCCGACUCCGAUCGCUACUUCACUCAGUGGAUGUUCGAUGUCUGGCGCAACAAGUUCCUAUUCACGGCCGUCGUUGUCGGCUUCGUCCUCAUCUUCCCAGUCCUCUACAUUCCUGUCAUCAACCACGAUGUCUUCCGUCAUACUGGCAUCUCCUGGGAGUGGGGCAUUGUCUUCAUCGCUACCCUCAUCUUCUUCAUCGGUAUCGAGUCCUGGAAGUGGGCGAAGCGUAUCUAUUUCCGCCAUCAGGCAGCGAAGGCUGGACCCGAGGCUCAAGACAUUGAGACUGCCAUCUUUGGCAAGUACAUGCGUGACCUGACACCCGUUGGUAGCUGGUCGCAGUCCACCAUGAAGGAGGAGGAAGUCUGA